UAUUCAAUCGACAACCUCGUUCCAAACCCUUAGACGGACGGGAUCAUACAUCCAAUCGGCAACCUCGAUCCAAUCCCUCCCACUGCCUCGAUAAUCUAUACAACCGACAACCUCGAUCCAAUCCCUCCGACUGCCUCGAUAAUCUAUACAACCGACAACCUCGAUCAAACCCCUCAGAUUGACUGGAUCAUUUAUCCUUUCGUUGUCAAUCUCCAACGUUCCCCGCUCAAUCGACUAUCUUCUCCGAGAAACCUCUCCAGCCUCUACGACGAUCAAAGCCUCCUUCGAUUCGACUAUCUUCUCCGAGAAACCUCUCCAGCCUCUACGACGACCAAAGCCUCCUUCGAUGCCUCCUCGAACCCACAAUAUGGGGCCGGCCCAACUUACUAGAGAGGUCAUCGCAUUAAAGGAUCAAAUGAUGAGGGCAGAGCAGACUUAUGCUGCCCAUAACGAAGUCAUCAAUGGGCAGGACGAAAAGAUCACCCAACACGACGGCAAGUUCGGGGUUGUUGACGAGAAGCUCACCCAACACGACGGCAAGUUCGGGGUUGUUGACGAGAAGCUCACCCAACACGACGGCAAGUUCGGGGUUGUUGACGAGAAGCUCAAGGACCAAACUAUCGCUGUCGCAUCGCUCAAACAACAUCUUUCUGAACAUGAGCGCUCGAUUUGGAUCUUGAAGGAGAAGGAUGGCAAGGUGAAGGCGAAGGAAGACAUGGUCACCGAUGAGUUUGUAGCGAAAGUUGAACAAAAACUCCAUCAGAAAUUUCUCGCUCGACAGAAGAAGCUCGUCGAAUAUCACCUGUCCUUGAUCGAGGAUGAGAUGAAGGCUCCGGACAGUAUUGCCUCUGGUAGCGACUUUGGAGGCUUCUACCUGAUGCCUCCAACCGCCCACACCGAUCUCAGUAGCUACAGCAAGCCCACUCAGCUCAAGAGGAAGGCGGACAGGCAGGACGAGGGAGACAUGGAAGACGGGGGGGAGUCGAAGAAAGGGAGGCACGAGUCUCCCCCAGCAUGAUCCUUCACUCUUCCCGCCUUUGAGCGAGAUUCUCGUGCUAUCCCGACGCCAUCACAUCAUGACACAAGUCUCGAUCGGACAGCGUAGUAACGCCGCAAGCAUUCCCUUCCUCCAUGUCAUCGGUCGGAUUUCUGAAUUCGGAUAUUUGAGUAUCACGAAAUGAUGCGAUCGGAUUGUAUGAUACUCUUCAGUCAUUACUUCACGUGGUUUACAAGCUACUGUAUACGUUGAACUGGUUUGGUUGUACAAUUGAACAGGCCCGUGUUCUCACAAGUGAACCCGAGUCGAUCUGAGAGAACCCCACGACUCAGUCAUUAAUCCUCUUCGAUUGACCUUCACUCACACUGAGUGAGCCGAUUUCUCCAGCUUUCCGCGCACCCUGAAGUCAAUAAUGUGGUUGACCGAGAUCAGGACGUGCUGUCAAGGAAAGACUCUGAGGUGCGUCGGAUACAUCGGUA